AAGCGCUGCAUUUCGGUCCAACCACUUUAGUCUGUGUGUUUCAAAUUGGCUAGCUUUAGUUUUUCACAUGUUCGAUGAAAAGACUGGACAAGAAGCAGGCGAGAUUCACCCUCUCCGAUGAGGUAACGCCCAAAGCUGGUGCUUCGCCGCGUAAAAAGGCCUCAGGCUUCCUUUCCCCGAGCAUAGGCCUUGAGGCGGAACGACCCCUCUGGCUUCACGUGGAGGGACCUGGAAAUCGCCUGGUGCCACCCGAGAGGUGGGCGAUGUCCGCAACACAGUUCCAUGGUUUCCUGGGCGCCUGUAAGGCCACGAGUGCCUAUGAGGUGCUCUUGCAAGAAGCGAAGGUCGACAUGUACAAGAUUUGCAAAUACUUCGUCAAACCUUGGACCAGAGGCACCGGCAACAGUGUCGCAUUGCUCCUGAAUAGUCAGCCACUAGCAGCAGAACUGAUGAUUUCACAUGCAUGGGCGGAGGACAUUGACGAGUGUUCUGAAGCGUUGAUGUUGCAUUUUGCACGCUAUAAGAUCAUGGAGGCCACCGCUUGCUGGUUUUGUGUUUUUUCGAUGUAUCAGCCAGGUGAAAUUAUCACUAUCCAAGAGCAGCUGGCGCUGGAUCCCUUUGGCCGAGUCUUAUCAACAAUGAGCCAGUCAGCCUUCGAUGAUGCGAGAGGAAUGGUCGUGAUACAUACAUCAGCUUCAGAGGUCUAUGAACGUCUUUGGUGCGUCUUCGAGAUUGGGAAAGCCACUUUGGACGGUGUUCAAGCUAAAGCCGCCUGUUCCUUUGCUUACAUCGUGGCACAAUCAAGCAGAAGCAAGGAAAGCCUGCAAGUUCUCACCGAACAUGCGAGGUGUUCAGUUCCGGAGGAUGAGGAAAGAAUCCGUGAGCUGAUGAUGAGCGAAUUCGGAGGUGCCGAGAUGCUCAAUCAGAUGAUUUGGGAUUUCCGCCUGGCGAUGAUGCGCCAAAUGGGCUAUGAGCUUCGUGACGGCGGGUGGCAUGCCAUUCCGAACACAAGCUUCUACCGCAAAGGUAAGAAUGCCUCAGCUGAUCUGCUUGAGCUGCAGGCAGCGUGCCUGCAAAAGCUGGUUCUAAGUUUGGAUCCGUGAAGCGCAGAGCGACGACCAGGACAAGAAUUGGGGGUGGAUGCACAUUCUUGGGGCAAGUUGAAUUGGUUCUGCUAAACAACUGGUGAAGUUAGUGGAUGGUAUCAAGGUGCUACUCUCGGUUGGUUGGUCUCGCCUUGAAUCACGUGUCGAUAAAGAAGGCAAGGGUUAGUGCCCAAGAUCGAUGGAUGCCAAGGCGGACGUCGCCCAAAGGGCUAAUCCGAGAAUGGCUUCAUAGAAGGAUCUUAUGUGUAUAGACGUAAGUGAGUUCGUUCCAAGUUGCGCACAGAUCG